AUGGGUCGUUCGCGUGUCCGCUCGUUUAUGUCCAGCCUUGGGGGUUCAAAAAACAAUGGUGUUGGUAAAGAAAGCAGAAAGUCGUCGAGCAACGUUACGCCAGUAACCAACGUAACUCCGGUCGAUACACCACGGGGUGUUGCCACGCCCCCCGAUACACCAACACCAUCUCCUCCGACCGGAUUAUCCCCCGUGAGCUCUGGGCCUAGAGGCGGAACUGGCUCGCGACCGGCAUCCAUGAUUGUCUCAUGCAACCCGCCUCUCCUGCAGCAGGCGGGCGAUACACCGCCGGAGUUGUCGCCAAUAUUUUCAUUUCUCAAUAUACACACGAACAAGGUCUACCAUGAAGGAUACUUUUUAAAACUGAAUGAUCUGGAUUCUCACGGACGGCCUUGUGGUGAUCGGCAAUGGGUGGAAUGCUAUGCACAGCUGGUCGGAACUGUUCUUUCACUAUGGGAUGGCGCUGCGCUGGACGCAGCAGGUGGAGAAGAGGUUCCGGCGACCUUUAUUAAUUUGGCCGAUGCGUCCAUUAAGAUGCUUGAGACUCUUCCGAUCCAAAAUGGAGCUAUACAACCACUGAAGAACGUACUCAGCGUUUCUUCCGCAGGCAAAAAUCGAUACCUCUUGCAUUUCAAUUCUUUCAACUCGUUGACCCAAUGGACUGCGGCGAUUCGUCUCUCGAUGUUCGAACACACUUCUUUGUAUGAAGCUUAUACCGGUUCCUUGAUUGCAGCGAAAGGGAAAAGUCUGAACGCAAUCAGUUCUAUCCUGUUAACCAACAAAUUCAAGUAUCAAGAUUGGGCGCGUGUGCGAUUUGGAGCAGGAACCCCGUGGCGACGGUGCUGGUUCGUGAUCUCGCCGCCAGACGAAAAAGACAUCCAAAAAGCGCGGAAACUGUACAAAAAAUCGGCAUAUGACCGUUUGUCAAUUCCUGUAACCGGAAACAUUAAGUUUUACGAGACGAAGAAGACGAAAAAAGUGACUCCCAUUGCAACAGUGACCCAGGUUUACUCGGCAUAUGCGAUCUAUCCACAGUCUAAGGCUCUAAUUGAUGCAUCCACUCUGGUGAAGUUAGAAGGACGGAUUACUACCCAUUCGCCUGAAUCUUCCUCGGAGGGACUUGUUUUUGUCAUGCCUGAGCCGCAUGCUGCGGUUUCUGGAUUUGAGAUGAUGCUGCGCUUCCUUUUCCCGACAUUCGACACUUUCAAUCUCUAUGGUCGUCCAACUCGCCUGGUAGCAGACACUAAUCACAUUAAGAGCAUAAUGUUUGCCUUCCCCAAGGAGCGACGCUACGGCUAUCUCGAUGUGCUGGACAUUGCCAGCCUCCUUCAAACCCCGGGUAGCCAAGAAUGGAGCGAAGCUCAGUGGAGGAACCAACUCAAAGAGGCCACACAACGUCGACUUUCAGCUGGCAGGAGCAGGACUAAUAGUGUUAACAGCGCGAGACCUCGCUAUCGCUCGAUGUCUGGCCGAACCGGCGAUGCUCCCAUGGACACUACUCGUCGUCAGUUUGCUGGUUUCGAGAAUAAGUCUGAAUUUAGCAAUUCUACUGAGGCUAUUAUCCAUGAAGUUCCCCAAAGUGAGGGCUCACCCGUUGUGUAUCACAAUCACGGACUUUCUGAUACUAGGGCCUUCAACGCUGGCUCUCUGCUAGGCCAUGGAUCUUUAGUUGAGAGCUCACCUGACUCAUCUUCUCAGGAUCUGAUGCACCGUGCGGUUCCAGGGGUCGCCCCUAUCGCUGAGAGCACCAGCUCCGAAAGCGGCCCAAAUAUUGGCCACUUCCACGGCCCGCCCGUUAAAGAGCAGCUCCCUCCACUCACCCCGCCAGCUCCUGUUGCAAACCCACCUGAAUUUUCGCAUGGACCCAAAGAGAUGCCCACUAACCGGCCAGAGGCUUCAUCGGAACAGAGGUUGGCAAACAACCGGAUGUCUCACGCAACACUUUCCCAGCUCACGGCGGUCGGAACAAUGGGGCUGAGCGCGGCAGCUGCUGGUGCUGCAUGGAAAAGCCACCAGGCACAGACUACGAACAACCAACAGCCCCAGGACAGAAGCGUCAACAGAGUCUAUAAUCCUGGCCCCAUUGUGUCUGCAAACUCUCUUGCAACUUCAUCAAGUGACGAGGGCGUCGGUCUUGCAUUCCCGCUUCAACCUCCCCCAGUUCCGGAGCACCGCCCAAACACUCCCAGUACUAGCGGCAGCCCACAGAAGUUGCCUCCCCAGCAGUAUUCCCCUCAACAGAUACAAACCGACUCGAAUAAACCCGUGCGACGCAAGCCACUGCCCCAAAAAAACCUUUUCGGGGUAGAGCCCCUGUCACCAAGCGAACCGAGCUAUGAUGAUCUUCGCCAUACCCUUGAUGAAGACGCAUUGAAUAAAAUUGCCCCUCAUCUCCCAUCCCCAAUCUCAUCUACUGGAAAAAGAAAUGGAAAUGAGGACGAGAGCAUUUAUGAUGAUGCAUCGACGGUUUCGCCUGAUUAUGCUAGCACCCACGAUUCUGUCUACAGCAAGAAAUCUGUCGCGUCUACCAAACCCAGAAUGGGUGUCAUGAAGACCGUGGGAGUCCCAGAAGUCAAGGAUUAUGUCAUUGGCGAUGCUCAUUAUACUAUGGAUAAGCCCCCGACCUCGAACCCAGAUAUUCCCAUUGUUGAUUUCGGCCCAACUAUGACCUACAUGCCUACUACUGGGCGCCCAACCACGUCAGACACCCUGAGAAACCCAACGCAUCAACGCAAUGACUCAUCGGGAACCAAAUUUUCGGUCCCUACUCAAGCAAUCGAUCAGGCUAAUGCUCGCCCUUCCAGCCGGGAGGAAUAUCGACGGAGCAUGAUGUGGCAGCCGGGAAUGGCUUCAGCUCGCCCUGUUACUCCAGGUGGCCUCACCCCCGAGCAGUUCGUUCAGCAACGGGCGGCGCCUAGUCCCCCGAUGCAGUUCCAUAAUCGCACCCCUUCCAAUCCCGUGUCAUUGCCACGCCCGGUAUCUGGCGACUGGACACAGUAUGCCCGUCCGAAUUCACCCAUGAACAAUCAGCGGGAUGCCAACUAUCGACCUUCGUCUCGCGGUGCGCAGAGUAUGCUUAAACACAACGAUGCUUCAGUCAAUCUUUCCGCUCGGGAACAGGAGCACGUUGCGCGCAUGACUGGCUCUUCAUUUUUCAAUUUGUCAAAUGACAACCGGAAACCACCAGCGCCGGUAAACCCUAUGGGUCUUGUCUCGCACAUCGAUGCUCGGGAGCGCGAAAAGCGUGAAAUGAGGGAGGGAAUGUCGAACCAUGCGGUUCAACAGGCCAUCGCGCACCGUCAGCAACACAUGAUGCAGCAACCUAUGAUGCAUCAGCAACAGUACGCGCCUCAGCAGUUCAUGCCGCCGUUCGCACCGCAGUUCGCACCUCAGCAGGCAGGAUCUGUGUAUCCGUCUCAACAUGUUCGCCACGAGUCCAUGUACAACAUUCCGGGUGCCAGCCACACAUGGGAUGCCCUAAACCAGACGAACCGCCCCGAUGAACCCCGCCGAUCGUCCUGGUACGGACAGCUUGCGCAGCCUCCUCAAACACCGCCUCACCAUCAACAACCCCAGGCCUACGUUCAAGAGCCAAGGUACUACAGCCAUGCUAAAUAG